ACCAAAGUAAUUCACUCAUAUCUUAUAAAAUCAAAUCCUCUGCCAUCUCCAGCCUUUUUACAAACAACAAUCUCCAAAUGGAUUUAGAUUUGAUUUUGUCAUUUUCUUUGACGUGAUCUGACCCAACAAAGAGUUUUCUUUCCCCUCUCAUAAAGGGUUUGUGAGUGUGUAUGUGUGUGUGUUACCAUAACAGCCAGUUUAAUAGGCCUGCUUAAAUAGUCAUUUGAUUGUUGUGUACUUUUCUUUCUGCUGGUGGGGGAAAAGGAGCAGACGGCAAAACUCUGAAAAGUUUGAUGUAUCUUUUUGGUAAUACAACUCUGAGAGAUGUUUGGACCCUUGCAGAGAGGAUUCUUGAAGUUUCUUUUAUACAGCCUGUAUUUUGGAAUGUGGAAAGAAAAGGACACAAGGGCAGCAAAUCCAGCAAAACCUGACGCAGACACUUUUCCAAUGAUUGUGAGUAAAGUGGAGAAACCGUUUCCAAGGGUGAGAGCCUUGAAGUCAAAGGAGAAGGUUAAAUUCGCUCCAGCAAACCGCAAACAUCUCACAAAUGUGGGUGAGAAAUCAGGGAAUAUAACAAAACUUUGUGUGAAUCUAAUGCCUCUUUUGGCUUCAGCAAAGGAGCCCAUGGAGGAGGAAGAGGAGGAGGAGGAGGAAAACCAGACAGAUGACAGCAGCUGUGAAAAUGAAAAGGAAGCAGGAACCAGCGACAAAAAUGUCCUUGUUACUAAACCAGAGGAACAGACAAAUGUUUCUAACACAGGAUUCAACUUAAAUUUGAACUCUGACCCCAAACAACCACCCAGUUCCAGGCUGGUGUUACCGCCUCUAACUCAACCUGCAGCAGCACCUGAGUGUCUGAAGAUGAGGAGAUGUAAAACUCCUCUCCCUCCCAUCAACUUAUCUGAGCAAACCAGCACAAUGUCUGCAAACUUCACCAUAGGAUCCUGCAAAGGUGAUGGGUUUGUCAAAGGAGUAGAGUCAGACAGCAGGCCAUGGAUAAACAAUCCUCUGCUCUCUAAAAGCGUGAGUGAACAAAAUAUCCUGCUGAUUAAAAGGAUUCUGUGACAGUUUCUUACAUAACAAGAGACUGACUGUAAACAGACUUAGAUUACAGUUAUACCAGAUCCGUUUAAUCACAUCAUAGAUCUGUGUUUCUUGUCGUCUAUGCAGAGGUCUGCUGAGUUUUGUCUUCCAGACAUUUCCCUCUCCACCCUGGACACUCUGCUUCAGACUGUCUCACAAAAACUUGGCAGGAAAAAGAGAGGUGGUGAUGAAGAGCCAUGGAGACGCAUUCAGUCUGAUCAUCUCCUCAUGGCUGUUACUGAUCAGCGUCUGAGGAAGACAAGAGUUGAGCAGGGGAUUGACCGCUGCACAAAGAACAGCUGUCCUACUAACAUGUAAAUUUGAAGUUUGAAUCAAACUCGUUAUUUAAUAGUUUCAUCAUAAAGAAAACUAUCUUGUGAGAUUGCAGUCAUUUGAAAUGUUUUCAUCUUCUGACAGUGAAACAGAGAAAGAAGCUUUGGUGGGUGAAUGCAGAGACAGACAGAGGAGGCUCCCUCCACUUCACUCCCCACCAAGACCAACACUCAUCCUCACUUUGACGAAGAAAGACCUCUCGACUCCAAGCAUACUGCAGUGACUUUUUCAGAAACAGGACACAAGGUUUAAAGAAACAAUAUGAUUUAAUUUUCCUUCAGGACAAACAUUCAGAUAUUCAGCUUGUAUACUUUUUAAAAUCUAAGCAGACAGAUUUCCUCUAUAUACUGCGUGUCCUUCAGUCAAUGCACUGCUACAUUUGUUUUCAAGUAUGACUUUUCAAGCAUGAUAAAAGUACAUUCAGGAGAACAGACUUUCAUUCAGCCAAAAUGAAACAUCUACUCUCCAAAUCCAGCUGAAUGACUUUACAUUAUUUCAGCAUUUUAAAACAACCUUUGAACCUUUUUUCCAUGUAACAGUUUUAAAGUAAAACUUUGUCUCACAACCAACUAUUGUGACAAUCUUUUUGGAUAUGUAACACUGCAUUACAGUACAGCGAGGUCUUGCUUUGGACAUUCAGUCAGCUGUGUAUUUGUUUAAUAGAAAAAAAAUAAGCUAUUUAUCAAAAAACAACUUUAAAGUAUGAAAGAUACAGCUGCUGACAAGGCAAUGUUGUUACAUCUGGUGUUGAUAUUUCAGACUGAUUCCUACCAUCACAUAUUUGAUCGGUAUUUUUUGUGAGUGUUUGGCAUUCUGUAAAAAAAUAUCAAAUUGUGCAACUUGAAGUUUAUUAUCUGGAAACACUAUGUGUAACUAAAUUAGUUUCUAGACAUUUCAACAGCUGUGCAGAAAGUCUGGGUGUCAAAUCUCAGUGAGAUUUAUAACAAAACAUGACCUCAAAAGAAAAAAAAAGACAAAAACAGGCAGAAGUCAAGAUUUUUUUCCCUCCUAAUCUUGUACAACACAAGACACUGACACUGUAACCCAAUGAUAAAUAUAACAUAAUAAAUAAAAACAAACAUUUUUGUAAGUAAAUUCUUACUCAAGACAAAAAAAUACAAUUAACAGUUUCUCAUUUACGACAAACAUGCAACAAGACUGCUCUCCAUACAAGAGAUUCUAUAUCAUAACAGCCUAACAAAUGCUUUUUAUAUAAGUUUUUCAUUAUAUAUAAAAUGUAUUUCUGGUACUUAACUUUUUGCAGCAUUUUCCUUUUAAAGUGCUUUCUGCAAAAUAAAUAUAAGAUUGUCACAGGUCCAGUGAUUGAGCCCUGAGGAACACCAAACCAUUUUUUGUUUGUUUGUUUUGUUUUUACUCGGGGCCUUGCAUAAUAUUCUUUCAAAAUAAAUAAACCACAGUUUUGGGAUUAUGAGCUGACAGGAGGAAAAAACACAGUGUAACAGGAACCAAAAGAAUGGGUAUAAAGCUACAGAUCUGUAAGGGAGGUGAACAAGGCACCAGAGCCGUACACAGAAGCAAAACUUUAGGAUCUUUCAUCAGACAAAUUUACCUCUGAUGAAUCAGUUUAAUAGUUCAUUCAUAAUAUUACCCGAGUCCAUCUUUUUCUCUUCUAACACCAUGAGUUGUACUGAUUCAUGCUUCAUAUUAAGGUCGCUGUCAACACUGAGCAACAUUCAAAUCAAAGUACAGCGUCUAAUAAAAUCUUCAGACUUAA